GUCUCGAUCGAGUAUAGCAUCGUGUACAAGUGUGAGCACCCAAACUGCUUCUGACGAUCAGGUUGUCAAAUUCUGGGAUGAACUCAGUUUAGUUGGCUUACCGGAUGACAUUGAUCUUCAAGCCUUAUUUGAGCCAACAGAAAGCGAGGACGUGAAUGAAAAAAAUGGUUUUCCUCAUGAAAGUGUGAAAACAGCAGCAAAAGCAGAGGAAAUUGUAUGCCUGCAAGUUAUCCCACCAGCUUAUAUACCGCUGAGGAGAACACAGCUUCAAGGCCCACAGACCCUUCGCGAUGUGCAUAUUGUAAGCACCUUGGAGCCACUAUCAAAUGCUGUGAAGAGAAAUGUACCCAGAUGUACCAUUACCCCUGUGCUGCUGGAGCAGGCACAUUUCAGGAUUUCAGUAACUUGUCCCUCCUUUGUCCAGACCAUAUUGAUCAGGCUCCUGAAAGAUCAAAGGAAGAAGCAAAUUGUGCAGUGUGCGACAGCCCUGGAGACCUCUUAG